UGCUAGCCGUUGUCGCCGCCGCCGCCGCCGCCGCCGCUGACGGGGCUGGAUGGGGGGCCGAGGCCAGCCAGUGGCACCCAGAAAGGAGAGACGCGGCGGCGGCGACGCCGACACGCGCAGGACGAGCGCCCCGACGUGCCCGCGAGCUCCACGGGAAGGCGGCGAGGCCCGGGCCCGGCCGUCCCGCGGGUAGAGACGCCGCCGGCCCCUCGCCGCGCCAUGUUCAAGAAGCUGAAGCAGAAGAUCAGCGAGGAGCAGCAGCAGCUGCAGCAGGCGCCAGCCCCUGCCCAGGCUUCCUCCAGCUCUUCAACACCAACAAGGAUUAGAAGCAGGACAUCUUCAUUUACAGACCAGCUUGAUGACGGGACACCCAACAGAGAGGUACUAGCCGGGAUGGUAGCAGAACCUGCCUUUCUCUCUGAGUAUACUAUCUUUGCUUUGGAUUCCUCCAAACAGCCUAAAACACAGAUUGACAGUGUGAAUGCAUCAACUCAAGCUACAAAGUCUCCAGAUGGUGUUAACAGAAGCGAAGCAUCCACUCCUCAGUCAGGCGACUCGCAGACUCUGGCGCAGAAGCUCCAGCUCCGAGUGCCCUCAGUGGAGUCUCUGUUCCGAAGUCCCAUAAAGGAAUUCUGGUCUUCUAAAGAGUCUCUGGUGCGGACAUCUUCCAGAGAGUCCCUGAACCAGCUUGACCUGGACUGCCCUGCUGCUGCCUUUGAUCCACCCUCCGACAUGGAGAGCGAGGCUGAAGACGCACCGGGGAGUUCCGACAGCCUCAGCAGAGAGCAGUUGCUUCAGAGGUUGCGAAGAAUGGAGCGAAGCUUAAGUAGUUACCGAGGGAAAUACUCAGAGCUCGUCACAGCAUUUCAGACUCUUCAGAGAGAGAAGAAGAAGUUACAAGGUAUAUUGAGUCAGAGUCAAGAUAAAUCACUUCGAAGGAUCUCAGAAUUGAGAGAGGAGCUGCAGAUGGACCAGCAAGCAAAGAGACAUCUCCAGGAAGAGUUUGAUGCUUGUCUGGAGGAGAAAGACCAGUAUAUCAGUGUUCUCCAGACUCAGGUUUCUCUCCUAAAGCAACGUUUACAAAAUGGCCCAAUGAGUGUUGGCCUACCCCAGCCUCCCACCCCAGUGGAGCUCCAGGCAGAAGUGGACGCUGACAAAGAGAAGAUAGAGGAUGUCGGGGAGCCAGUGGGAGGUGGAGCUUCCGCUAAAACACUGGAAAUGCUUCAGCAAAGAGUGAAACGUCAGGAAAAUCUGCUUCAGCGUUGUAAGGAAACAAUUCGGUCCCAUAAGGAGCAGUGCACACUACUGAUCAGUGAAAAGGAGGCACUGCAGGAGCAAUUGGAUGAAAGGCUGCAGGAACUAGAAAAGGUCAAGGAGCUUCAUAUGGCUGAGAAGACUAAACUUAUCACUCAAUUGCGUGAUGCAAAGAACUUAAUUGAACAGCUUGAACAAGAUAAGGGAAUGGUAAUAACAGAGACAAAGCGGCAGAUGCAUGAGACCCUGGAACUGAAAGAAGAAGAAAUUGCUCAGCUUCGUAGUCGUAUCAAACAAAUGACUACCCAAGGAGAGGAAUUGCAGGAACAGAAAGAAAAGUCUGAAAGAGCUGCUUUCGAGGAACUCGAAAAAGCCUUGAGUACAGCCCAAAAAUCUGAAGAAGCACAGAGAAGAAUGAAGGCAGAGAUGGAGGAACAGAUAAAGGCUGUUGAGAGAGCAAGCGAGGAGGAGCGCCUCCGUCUUCAACACGAACUGAGUCGGGUGAGGCAGGAGGCUGUCAGCAUGAUGAAAAAGACCUCAGAAGAACAACUUGCUGAACUUCAGAAGUUGCAUGCAGAGGAGCUGGCCAGCAAAGAGCAGGAACUGGCCAGGAAGCUUCAGAGCCGAGAAAGAGAGCUGCGUGAGCAGAUGAAAAUAGCUCUUGAAAAGAGUCGAUCAGAGUACUUGAAGCUCACCCAAGAAAAAGAGCAGCAAGAAUCCUUGGCUCUAGAGGAGUUAGAGCUUCAGAAGAAAGCAAUUCUUUCAGAGAGUGAGAACAAACUCCAGGAACUUGGGCGAGAGGCAGAGGUUUACCGGACUAGAAUUCUUGAGUUGGAAACCUCUUUGGAAAAGAGCUUACAAGAAAAAAAAAAUCAAUCCGAGUGUUUAGCUGCUGCGUUGGAGGCUGAGAAGAAUAAGCACAGUAAAGAGCUCACGGCCAUGGCUGAGAAGCACAGGACAGAGCUGGAGCAGCUCCAACAGCAGCAGGACAGCCUGUGCACAGAGAGACUCCAGGGCCUGGGGCAGCAGCAUCAGGCUGCAGUGCAGGAGCUCAGAGAGAAAUACGAGCAAGAAAAAGAUGCGUUACUGCAGGAGAAGGAGAGGCUUUUCCAGGCCCACAUACGAGACAUGAAUGAGAAGACCCUAGAGAAGCUGGAUGUGAAGCAGACAGAACUGGAGUCCCUGUCCUCAGAGCUGUCAGAAGCACUGAAAGCCCGUGAGCAGCUCGAGGAGGAGCUUUCUGUCCUGAGGGCUGAUGCGGAUAAAAUGAAGCAGGCCUUAGAAGCGGAGCUGGAGGAGCAGAGACAUCACCACCAGCGUGAAGUUGACAGCAUCAAUAAGGAACAAGAAAGAACUGUCCAGAGGACUGAGAAGGCCUUAAAAGAUGAACUCAGUCAGUUGGGCCUUCUUCUGAAGGAGAGAGAUGGGCACCUGAAGGAGCAGCAGGAUCAAAUAGAAAAUCUCGAAGCUCUUCUUCAAAAGUCUGCCGGGGAACUCCAGCAAGCCUUGGCUAAGCUGGAUCUCCUCCACUCACAGCAGAGCACCACUCAUGAGCAGACGGGUGCGUAUGAGGAACAGCUGGCCCACAUGCAGCAGAAGAUGUUGGAUCUGGAAACAGAGAAGAACCUUCUUACCAAGCAGGUAGCUGAAAUGGAAACACAAAAAAAGCAUGCGUGUGUGGAAUUAGACACUCGGAGAGCCCAGGUCCAUCAGCUUGAGGAACAGAAGCGUGUGCUGGAGGAGAAAGGCAGGUCAUUAGCCCAGCUCCAUGAGUCACAGCUCAAGGACAGUGACAUGGAGAAGGAGCAGACAAGGCAAAUCCUGAUGGAAAAGGAAAACGUCAUUUUACAAAUGAGAGAAGAACAGACCAAAGAAAUCGAAAUCCUCCAACAGAAACUGUCUUCUAAAGAGGAGAGUAUUAGUACUUUGCGUGAGGAAUAUGAAACCAAAUUUAAAAAUCAGGAAAAAAGGAUGGAAAAAUUUAAGCAGAAAGCAAAAGAAAUGCAAGAAGCAAAGAAACAGCUGUUGGAUCAGGAAGCCAAACUUAAAAAAGAGCUUGAGAAUACCGUCCUAGAGCUCAGUCAGAAAGAGAGCCAGUUCAAUGCCCAGAUCCUGGAGAUGGCACAGGCCAACUCAGCCGGGGUCAGUGACACAGUCGCCAGACUGGAGGCGAACCAAAGGCAGCAGAUAGAGAGCCUGACUGAAGCGCACCAGCGCAAACUUGAUGAUGUCAUAGAGUCCUGGGAAAAGAGACUCCGCCAGCAAGCUGACGAACUUGGGGCCAAGCAUGCGAGCCAGAUGGAGGGGAAGGAACAAGAGCUGGCAGAGCUGAGGCAGAAGAUCCUCACGUUGGAGUCUGAAAGAGAGGAGCUGAACAAGGAAGUGAUGGGGCUGAAGGAAGCGCUUACCAAGCAGGACACGGCGCUAGCCAGUCUGCAGGAACAGUUAGAGCAGAAGGCUGCUCACAUCAUUUCACUCUCACACAGUGAAACUCAGUUGAAAUCCCAAGUGGAAAAGCUGGAAGUUGAUCUCAGUCGUUCUCUGAAUGAGAAGGUUUCUCUUCAGGAGGAGCUAGCUGAGCUGAAAAUGCUGGCCGAGAAGGGGAAGCUCAGGGUUUCCGAGCUUACGGGCAAGGUGCAGGCUGCAGAGGAGGAGCUCCGGAGCUGUAGGGCUUUGCAGGAAAGCAGUAGGAAGAGCCUAGAGGACAAAGGCUUGAAGCUCAAAACCCUGCUUGGGGAGCUAGCAUCUCAGCUAGACAUUCGCUGUGCGGAAACCAAAGCCUUGUUAGAAGCUAAAACAAGUGAGCUCCUCAGCGUCAGUGGAGACAAAGUGGACGCCGUUCUCUCUAGACUUUCCCGUUGCCAGCAGCACAUGGCCACAGUUAGGGAGGCUCUGCUCAGGAAAAGGGGCCAAGUUUCUGAAUUAGAAGCACAACUUACGCAGCUGACAGAGGAGCAGCACACACUCAAGAACUCUGUUCAACAGCUUACCCAUCAGUUGGAAGAAAAGGAAAAUCAGAUUAAGGCCAUGAAGGCCGAUAUCGAAGGUCUCGUCACAGAAAAGGAAGCCUUACAGAAGGAAGGAGGCCAGCAGCAGCAGGUGGCCUCAGAGAAGGAGUCUUGCAUCACACAGUUGAAGAAAGAGUUAUCAGAGAACAUCAAUGCCGUCACACUGCUGAGAGGAGAGCUUUCCGAGAAAACGUCUGAGAUUGACAGCCUUAGCAAACAGCUAAGUGAUCUGAAUGCUCAACUUGAGAACAGCGUCAGCCUGGGUGACAAAGCGGCAGCCAUGGCGUCACUGAACAAGGAGCACGAGGAACAGCAGAGGGAGCUGCAAAGUCAGCUGCAAGACCUUUCCUCGAAAGUCGAUGCUCUGAGUCAAGAGAAAAAGUCUGCUCUUGAGCAGGUAGAGCAUUGGUCCAACAAGUUCUCCGAGUUGAAGAAAAAAGCACAGCCCAGAUUUGCACAGUACCAAAGCACUAUUAAAGACUUGCAGACACAGCUUGACGUCAAAGCCAAAGAAGCUAGUGAAAAGGAUGAGCAGAUCCAUUUACUGAAGGAAGACCUUGAUCAGCAGCAGAAAAGGUUUGAAUGUCUAAAGGGUGAGAUGGAAGACAGGAAGAACAAGAUGGAGAAGAAGGAGUGUGACUUAGAGAGCGAGCUAAAGGUGCAGACUGCAAGGGUUGCUGAGCUGGAGGACUGUGUUACUCAGAGGAAAAAGGAAAUCGAGUCCCUAAAUGAAACACUUCAGAAUUACAACCAACAGAAGGACACUGAGCGGAAUGAGCUGGUUCAGAAACUUCAGCACUUUGAAGAGCUGGGAGAGGAGAAAGACAACAGGGUUAGGGAGGCUGAGGAAAAUGUCCUGAGACUAGGAAAGCAGGUGUCUUCCCUGGAAGCUGAACUGGGAAUUAUGAAGAAGGAACUAGAACAUGUGAAUUCAAGUGUGAAGAGCAGAGACGGUGAGUUAAAGGCUUUAGAAGACAAGCUUGAGUUAGAAAGUGCCUCGAAAGUGGAGCUGAAGAGGAAGGCAGAGCAGAAGAUCGCUGCCAUCAGGAAGCAGUUACUGUCUCAGAUGGAAGAGAAAAAACAGCAGUAUGAAAAAGAUACAGAAAGCCAGCUGAGUGAACUGAAUGCAAAAUUACAAGACAGAGAAAAGCAAAUUCACAUUCUAGAAGAAAAACUUAAAAACCUAGAAAGUUCUCCACAAUCAGAAAUGCCAGUUGUGUCCAGAUCCAUACAAAAUGUGGCAGCGUCUUCCGAACAGGAAGCAGCAGAUUCCCAGGGCUGCACUCGCAAGGCAUGUGAAGAAAGACUCUCCGCACUACAGAGAAGAUUAGUUGAGAAAGAAAAGCUGCUGCACCGGCUGGAGCAGGGAAAAGGUGAGUCGAUGUUCUCUCCAUCUGAAGUGAAGCUAGACCACACCCAGGCCAAACAGCUCGAUGACCAGGUUUUGAUAGGAUGUCUCCAAGAUGAACUGGAAGAGAAGAAGAUGAACUGUUCCUUCAUUGUGUCCCAGCCCAUGGGAGAGGAAACUGGUAAAAACGACACGGGAGUGAAACAGAACUGGGCAAGUGUGCUCGACAGUGUCCAGAAAACCCUCCAGGAGAAGGAGCUGACCUGCCAGACUCUGGAGCAGAAGAUAAAGGAGCUGGAGUCAGACUUAGUAAGAGAGAGGGACUCACAUAGACUGGAAAUGGAAAAGCUGACCUUAAAAGAAGAGAGUUCGCAAGCUUCACAGCAAGGAAUGGAUGGGAAGAAUCAAUCCGUGGAAAUUUUGGAAGACAGUUCUGAGGAAAAUUCCAAAUUACACGUGAUCCAGCCAGAAUUGGGGAAUAACAUGGACACUCAGCACAAUGCCCUGGAAUCAAAGUUAGCAGGGGUGGAGCGGGAGAAGCAGAAGCUGAGCAGGGAGGUGGCGAGGCUGCAGAAAGAUCUGCGGGUGCUAAGAAAGGAACAUCAGCAGGAGCUGCACAUCCUGAAACAAGAGUGUGUGCAGGAAGCAGAGGAGAAGCUCAAACAGGAGCAAGAAGAUCUUGAGUUGAAGCAUACUUCCAUACUGAAGCAGCUGAUGAGGGAGUUUAACACCCAGCUGGCACAGAAGGAGCAGGAACUGGAAAGGACCGUCCAGGAGACCAUCCAUAAGGCCCAAGAGGUGGAAGCUGAGCUUCUGGAAAGCCACCAAGAAGAGACGCACCAGUUGCAUAGAAAGAUCGCAGAGAAAGACGAUGAUCUGAAAAGAACAGCCAGGAGAUACGAGGAGAUCCUUGACGCCCGUGAAGAAGAAAUGACUGCAAAAGUAAAUGACCUACAGACUCAGCUUGAGGAGCUACAGAAGAGAUACGAGCACAGGCUAGACCAGCAGGAGAGCGCGGAGGACAAUGUAACAAUUAUGGAGCUACAGACACAGCUAGCCCAGAAGACCACACUGAUCAGCGAGGCCACGUUAAAGGAGCAGGAGCUGAGAGAGCAGAUCCAUCAUUUAGAAGACCGUUUGAAAAGACAUGAGAAGACUGUGUGUGCGACAGCUGUGGGGACACCGUACAAAGGUGGCAAUUUGUACCACACUGAUGUCUCACUCUUUGGAGAACCUACUGAGUUUGAAUAUUUGAGAAAAGUGUUGUUUGAAUAUAUGAUGGGUCGUGAGACCAAGACCAUGGCGAAAGUUAUAACCACUGUCUUGAAAUUCCCUGAUGAUCAGGCUCAGAAAAUUUUGGAAAGAGAAGAUGCCCGGCUGAUGUUUCCUUCACCUCGCAGUGGCAUCUUCUGAUAACCCUGAGUCUGUGCUUAGUGAGCGUGUGUCAUGGCUCCGAACUUCAUCUUGAAGAAAUGGGGAGAGUGAUGUUGGGCAACUGCUGCCUGGCAACUGUCCGUGCCUCCUGUUUUUGGAGAAAGGCCUGCCGUUAUGGCCAUUUUAUCAUGGAGACAGGUCUUACCUGGCCCACAGAUGCACUGCUCUUGAAGCAGAUGUGUUGUCAUGGAGACGGGCCUUACCUGGCCCACAGAUGCACUGCUCUUGAAGCAGAUGUGUUGUCAUGGAGACGGGUCUUACCCUGGCCCACAGAUGCACUGCUCUUGAAGCAGAUGUUCUUGGUGGAGAAUGGUGAUGAUUUUGUUCUUUUUCAUCAGUUUUCUCGUGGAAGUUUUCUGUGGUUUAGAGGCUCUUCUGACUGGCCUGGCCACUCGGUGUCUCUUUCUUCUGUUCUUUCCUCUCUUUUUAAAGAACUGCCUGUCUUCCUUAUUUAUUUUAGGGUGAUUUCUCUUUCUUCAGAAGACUUGUGCAAUAUAUUUUGAGGUGAAAUUUAGUGGAUUUUUUUCUGAUAAAUUAGAGAAUUUAACUGACUGUUUCCCAUAUUGAUUUUUGGAUAUUUGCUAAAACCUAAUUCUUUAAGCUAUGAUAAGUCCCAAAUGGCAGCACCUCAUGUUUACCUAGCUUUUAUACUUAUAUUAUUUUUCAGAGGAAAAAAUACUACUGUAAAUUGUAAAUAGUCAAUACAUAAUCCUAUUGAAUGCAGAUUUGUGACUGUUGGCCAUAUUAUCUCAGAGGAUCAGAUAAAUAAAGUUUAUUUCCUAUA